CGCCUUUCACCCGCCCUGAAACCUCUGGUUCCUAGCCUUGGACCCCUUAGCCCGCUGCCAACCAAGAUCACUCCAUGGAUGAAAUGACAGCUGUGGUCAAGAUUGAAAAAGGAGUCGGUGGCAAUAAUGGGGGCAAUGGUAAUGGUGGAGGCGCCUUUUCCCAGGCUCGAAGCAGCAGCACAGGCAGUAGUAGCAGCAGUGGAGGAGGAGGAGGACAGGAAUCCCAGCCAUCCCCUUUGGCUCUGCUGGCAGCAACUUGCAGCAGAAUUGAGUCACCCAAUGAAAACAGCAACAACUCCCAGGGCCCAAGCCAGUCAGGGGGCACAGGUGAGCUUGACCUCACAGCUACACAACUUUCACAGGGUGCCAAUGGCUGGCAGAUCAUCUCUUCCUCCUCUGGGGCUACCCCUACCUCAAAGGAACAGAGCGGCAGCAGUACCAAUGGCAGCAAUGGCAGUGAGUCUUCCAAGAAUCGCACGGUUUCCGGGGGGCAGUACGUUGUGGCUGCCACCUCCAACUUACAGAACCAGCAAGUCCUGACAGGACUCCCCGGAGUGAUGUCUAAUAUUCAGUAUCAAGUAAUCCCACAGUUCCAGACCGUUGAUGGGCAACAGCUGCAGUUUGCCGCCUCUGGGGCCCAAGUGCAGCAGGAUGGCGCUGGUCAAAUACAGAUCAUACCAGGUGCAAACCAACAGAUCAUCACGAAUCGAGGAAGCGCAGGCAACAUCAUUGCCGCUAUGCCCAACUUGCUCCAGCAGGCUGUCCCGCUCCAAGGCCUGGCUAAUAAUGUGCUCUCAGGACAGACUCAGUAUGUGACCAAUGUACCCGUGGCCCUGAAUGGGAAUAUCACCUUGCUACCUGUUAACAGCGUUUCUGCAGCUACCUUGACUCCUAGCUCCCAGGCAGUCACGAUCAGCAGCUCUGGAUCCCAGGAGAGCGGUUCACAGCCAGCCACCUCGGGGACAGGGACUGCCAUUAGCUCUGCCAGUUUGGUGUCGUCACAAGCCAGUUCCAGCUCCUUUUUCACCAAUGCCAAUAGCUACUCAACAACUACUACCACCAGCAACAUGGGAAUUAUGAACUUUACCACCAGCGGAUCAACAGGGACCAACUCUCAAGGCCAGACACCCCAGAGGGUCAGUGGGUUACAGGGGUCUGAGGCGCUGAACAUCCAGCAGAACCAGGCAUCUGGAGGCUCACUGCAGGCAAGUCAGCAGAAGGAGGGAGAGCAAAACCAGCAGACACAGCAACAACAGAUUCUCAUCCAGCCUCAGCUCGUUCAGGGGGGACAAGCCCUCCAGGCCCUUCAAGCGACACCCUUGUCAGGGCAGACCUUUACAACUCAAGCUAUCUCCCAGGAAACUCUCCAGCUUCAGGCUGUUUCAAACUCUGGCCCCAUCAUCAUCCGGACACCAACAGUGGGGCCCAAUGGACAGGUCAGUUGGCAGACUCUUCAGCUGCAGAACCUCCAAGUUCAGAACCCACAGGCCCAGACAAUCACCUUGGCCCCAAUGCAAGGUGUGUCCUUGGGGCAGACCAGUAGCAGCAACACCACCCUUACACCUAUCGCCUCAGCUGCCUCCAUCCCUGCUGGCACAGUCACUGUGAAUGCUGCUCAGCUCUCCUCCAUGCCUGGCCUCCAGACCAUUAACCUCAGUGCGUUGGGUGCUUCAGGAAUCCAGGUGCACCAGCUUCCAAGCCUGCCAUUGGCUAUAGCAAAUGCCCCAGGUGAUCAUGGAGCUCAGCUUGGCCUCCACGGGCCUGGUGGUGAUGGAAUACAUGACGACACAGCAGGUGGAGAGGAAGGAGAGAACAGCCCGGACCCCCAGCCCCAAGCUGGUCGGAGGAACCGGCGAGAAGCAUGCACCUGCCCUUAUUGUAAAGACAGUGAAGGAAGGGGUUCUGGGGAUCCUGGUAAAAAGAAACAACACAUCUGUCAUAUCCAAGGCUGUGGCAAAGUCUACGGCAAGACCUCACACCUACGGGCACACUUGCGCUGGCAUACAGGCGAGAGACCGUUUAUGUGCACCUGGUCAUAUUGUGGGAAACGUUUCACACGAUCGGAUGAAUUACAGAGGCACAAACGCACACACACAGGUGAGAAGAAAUUUGCCUGCCCUGAGUGUCCCAAGCGCUUCAUGAGGAGUGAUCACCUGUCAAAGCAUAUCAAGACCCACCAGAAUAAGAAAGGAGGCCCAGGUGUAGCCCUGAGUGUGGGCACUUUGCCCCUGGACAGUGGGGCAGGUUCAGAAGGCAGCGGCACUGCUACCCCUUCAGCCCUGAUUACCACCAAUAUGGUAGCAAUGGAGGCCAUCUGUCCAGAGGGCAUUGCCCGUCUUGCCAACAGUGGCAUCAACGUCAUGCAGGUGGCGGAUCUGCAGUCCAUUAAUAUCAGUGGCAAUGGCUUCUGAAGUCAGGCACCCAGGGCCAGAGACACAUGGGCCAUACCCAUCACCCCUGGGAUGCACAUUAGCAUGGGUCCAAGAGACAUGUGGGAGAGAGAGCCAUAAGGCAUUAAAAUGCAUGGUGGUGGGGAGAGUUGGGGGAGGGACGCAAGAGAAGAGAUGGGGUCCUGGCACCCACCUGUAUCAUCAGUACUUUCUUGACGUGGGAACCUUUAACGGCAGUUCUGUUGGUGCCACUUUUGAGCAUUUGUUGACCCCCUCAGUUUCUUCUUACACAAUUCUUGCCCCAGCUUCUCCUCCUGCAUUUCCCUUCUCAGCUCCCCCAUGAUGGAUCCUCCCCUUUUCCUAAAGCCAUCAUGCCUUGAUAAAUAUAUAUGAUCAUUGAAAUACUUUUUAACGAAAAACAGAUUCUAUAUUAUAUAUAUAUAAAUAUAUAUAUAUAAAAGAUAUAUAGAGAUGCAUUCACCAGGGGUUGACUGGGAGGAGGAAAGAGACCAUUCUGUGACCAAAAAACCUUGGUCAAUUUUUAUAUUGCCUUAUUUCCCUAUGGCUGAGCCUUGUAACACAUCAAGCGUUUCCGUAGAUGUUGUCUUGGCUUCCCACCAGAUUAAGCAUUCAUAUGCUGUGCUUUUAGUUUAUAUAUAUAUACAUACAUAAUGUUUUUCCUCUUAAUUUUGUCUUUAUUUGGGAUCAGCUUCUUGCACUCCUUUCCUGACUCAACCCAUUUUGUCUCCUCUCACCUGAUCACUUCAUGUUCUCUUUUUGGUAAUGAUCCCUGGAUGAGGCACUUCUGUCACUCUUUUUAAAAGUCUUUUGUCCCAAUGGCAGUGGAAAAAGCUCGGAAGCCCAAGCUGAUGCUCGGGGUAGCUGUGGAGAGUGUUCAAAAUACUACUGACGCAGGCACCCUCUUGGCGCUGGAGAGUCUUCUCAUUGGCUGCUCUAAGCAUCAGAAAUCAGAAGUCUUUCUGUGGAGCUGUACAAGAGACCCUUUGAAGGUGGUGGUCUGGAAUAAACUGUCAGAAGAUGGUCAGUUAUUAGGUAGGGGUCAUCAGCAGGAAAAUGAUGUGCUCAGAAGCUCAAGUGACUUACUCGGGUUCAGGAGGUAGUGGAAGAUUUGGACUUUCUGUACAGCCAUCUUUCCAGGUGGCGCUAAGCUUUGAUGUGUGGGCUUCUGAGUUCACAGUCUGAAAGGAAACCUAUUGCCUCUCUUGAACAUCCCCGGUAGUUUCUUCCUGUCAUGUUCUUAGGGAGCAUCAGCCAGUGGCAUUGUUCCUGGUUUCCCUUCUGCAGAACUCCAGCGCGCCUGCCAGUGGCAAGACGGUGGUCUUUCACCUUUUCCCUCAACUCCUUUUAGGGGGUUCCUGAGGGAAAGGAAGCACACAAUUGUGGGAAUGAGAGCCCAGAACAAGCAGAAAUCUUGUCUUACCACUGUGGUUUAUAGGAGAGAUCAGGAGAAAUCUUUCUCUGUGGCCUGAUUCCUGAAGAGACUAUUCCAAAAAUUAUAGCGGCAGGGAACUCUUAGUGCACUUGGCACCGAGAUUAAAUACAAGCAGAGCUGUUCUCCAGGCCCAGCCAUUAAAAACUGUCUCUCUCGACCUUCUGAUGUCUUGUCAGAGAGCUUUCCACUGUGAGGAAGUGUGGAAACAGCCGUGUGGAUGUAUGUAAUCUGUUAGGUUGGGGAUAGGGUUUUCUGUUAGCCGAUACUAAAGGAGACCUGCAAUAAAAAAUUACCCUGAUCUGAUAGAAAGUGAAGUGUUCGUGUAUGGCUGUGUGCGAGUGUGCGUUUGUGCCUGUUCGUACUUACACACAGAUGAGAAAUUAUAUUUGAAAUUGUGAGAGAAUAAAUCAAAUUCAGAUAAAAAUGCCUUUCAGGCCUGUUACCUAGAAAAAUACCUUAAAACCCGGGUGUGUUUCUGAGGUCAUUUCUUUGCCUCUUCUGAAACCAAUGGCAAUUAUGAAUGGGGGGAUAUUCUACACUUUAAGAGAAGAAACUAUUUUUGUGUUUGAACGUGAAACCAUCAUCCAGCUCUAGAGCAGAGUCCUGUUCCCUUUCUUUUUAUUGUGACUACAAAUAGAUGAUGCUUUGAUUCUGUAUAUUUUAUAUAAAAUCUAUCCAAAUUAGGGCUUAGGUAAGUUUGUGUUGUUACUUAACCUGAAAUCUAGUAACUGUUCAUAUUCUAAAUAGUGGUUCACUCCAUUUGGUCCUUUCUCUGCGGACAUAAUACUGUUUUUAAUACUCAGGAACUAUUGCAAGGAACUUCCCCCAGAUCAGAUUUUGUUAAUACUGAAGUAAAAGUCAUCCAUGCCCCGCCACUUGGCUCUUCCUCCAGUUGAAAGGCAGAACUCAAAGAUGUUACUUUACGUCAUGAUCAUGUACAUAGCGUCUUGGAGGAAAAGGGUGCAGUCUCUCACUCAAGUGUGCAGUAUUUUGCUAGAACGUUUCCAGGAAUGGAAUCUUCUUCAUCUGAAAUCGGUAGCUGCCAGCUUGAUGCUGAGAACUAGGAGCCUUCAGAAGGUGAUUGACGCUGUCUCUCUGGAAUGGUACUGCUUAACCCUGAACGCCCUUCAUUUGCCGUUACUGCCAAUGAGUUUGUCUAGUCCUCUCCACUUGUCCAGUUUCCUUCUCACUGUUGAAGCUUCCAAGCCCGCGUCUUGUUUGACCCCAGGCUGAGCUGCUGCGAGGCUCCCGCAGCAGUGAGCCUCGGUCUGCACAGGAAGGCCAGGCCAGAGCCCACAUUCCUUGAGUUGGGAGCUUCUGCCUGCAGACCCCUCUCCCCGAGCUUUGGGCUGGCAGAAGUAAUGCCACUGACAGGCAUUUGAUGCUGACAUUAUUUUCAUGAGUUGCUUUUUUAUUUAAUUAAACAUGUUUUUGGACUUAGCAGGGCAGGGAAUGCCCAGAGGUAGGCGUGUCGGAGCACUCAUUUGCUUGCCGGUCGGGGCUCCCCUGGGGCUCCCCUCCCCUCGGACCUGUCUGUCAUAUGACUGUCUGACUUGUCACCCAGAGCAAUAACUAUCCGUGCCAGCUGCCUUCAGGGACCUCCCGUCUGGCACUCUCUGUGGGUGCUUUACCGAAUACAUUGUAAUGGAUUAUUUCUCAGCUUGGUUCAGAAUAAUUAGAACCCUUGAUCCCAAAAAGUAUAGAUUGAAAUGUGGGGUAAAGAUUAUGAUUGGGGGAGGGUUAGAGACAAAAGCUGUAAAUUACUAUGGCUGAUUGAUUUAUUUCUACUAUAUACAUAUAUAUAUAUUUUUUUUGCUUUUGUAUAUCCUAUAUAGGAAACUAAGCAUUGUAUUUUUUUAACAAAUCUGAGAAAGCACUAUGAACUGCAGAUAUUUGACUUUCAGAAUAUAUUUUGUAUUGUUAAUAGCUUCACUGUGUGUGAAUACUGGAAGCUGCAGAUCUUUGCUAGGGCGCAAUACAUUUAUACACUUUUUGAGAGGUUCUUCCGGGGGUAUUAAUCAGGCCCCCAUUAUGCUUUGGGGGAGCCCUGGUGCUACUUACUUUUGUUCAAUUGCAAAGACCCUGAUGCCUUUUGGACCUUAGGAUCAGAUCAAGUGAGUUUUGGAGAUCCAGGUUCCAGGGAAAUGCGGAUGGUCUAGUAGCCUCUAGUGAGCAGCAUCCACGGAGCUCCCCCUCCCCCGUUCAGAGCGGGGUGGCCUCUGGGGACUGGGAGGAGAAAUGUGAAGUCUGUUUCAUCUCCCUUAGAAGAGAGCCAGGAGCUUGGGCUGGGAUGAAAGGUGGCAGCAGUAGUUCUGGAUAAAGGGAGGAGGAGAUGGCUCCUCUCCAGCCCCGGAAAACAGUGCUUUUGAAGCCGCUGAUAAAGUCGGGCAGGUUAUUACUUUGGUUGGGAGCCUGUGCUCUCCGGGCGCCUCCCUUGGCCCUGCUCCUAGGGUGCUGCCUAGGAGCAGGAGCAGACCAGCUUUGAGGCUGCCUUGUUUUUCUUUGUCUGCCUUCCCCAAGCACCAUCCCCCAGGAGGACAUUAAGCAGCCUUAAGAUGGAAUCCGACUCCCUCUUCCAGACCCGGCUCACUUGCCUUAGAUGAAGGCUGGGGAAGGAUAAAAGGGGAAUCCUUGACUUCCAUCCUCCCCUGGGGCUCCUGGGUCUGGCUUGCCCAGACCCACACAGGGUUUCCUCCAUAGCUUUGAUUUGAGAGCGACUAGUAUUUUCCUUGUUAUCAAACCCCAGCCAACCUCAUCUCUGCUAGAGCAGAGGAGGGCCCAGCAGUUACCUUUAGUGACAGAAAACUACUUAACAAGUGGGGUUAAACUGGGGCUGCAGGUAAGACUCUGUAGAUACCUCUCCUGGGCGGGGCGGGGUGUCCCCCUCCAGGAAUUCUAUACUGUGCCUUCUCCACAGAGAACGGGCUGUGUCUGCCCAGCCCUCCGCUUCCAGGCAGCUGCUCUUCAACAGUGUGGACAAGGGCAGGUCUUCACAGCCGGUCACCCCUCUCUCCCAGCGGUGUCCCAUAGCCCUCACCUUAGUCUGGGCGCAUGGACUUGCGAGAAGAUGGGAGUGAUGCCGAGGUUGACCUGAGGAGACCCCUUCCCAGCACACCAGUGGCAGCCGCCCCCAGGGCUGCUGCCUCUUCCCCAGCAGCCAUCCGAGGGGCGGGCAGUGCCCCUCUCUGGUGCCUAAAACAAGUUUGUUUCUCAGCUGGCAGUAACCAGCCUCCUUACCACUGAUGCCUUUUGGAUUCCUUAUAACCCCACACUGUAUUUGUUGUUGGUUCAAGCCGAUCAUCACCAGGGCUUUUGGGGAAUACUUCUAUGCUCUCAUCUUCUUGCUCCCACCCCUGAUCUUGUGUCUGUGAUGCUAAUCUCUGAUCUCUCAGCCUCCUCCUCUUCCUUCCUUGUCUCCUCUCCCCAUACCUUUUGUCUCUGGUGUUUUGGGGCUAUUUUUUUUUUUUGGCCUUUUUGUACAAAGAUUAGUUUCAAUGUAGUCUGUAGCUCCUUUGUAAACCAAUUAAAAAAGUUUUUUUUA